AUGACGGAGGUGUCAUCCACCCGACUCUACCUUGGGAAUCUUCCCCGCAAUGUGACUAAACAGGAUAUCGAGGAGCAUUUCAGUACCCAUGGAUCGGGUAAGAUUACAGAGAUCAAGCUGAUGAAUGGUUUCGGCUUCAUUGAGUAUGAAGAUGCCAUGGACGCUCGCGACGUCGUUCCCGCCUUCCAUGGCAGUGACUUCAAAGGCGAGCGGCUAACCGUGCAGUUUGCUCGUGGCCCUCGGCGCAAGGAGGCAUUCCCUGGUCCUCCUUCGGAUCGCCCCGCUGCUCCACGCCCGCGUCGUACCAUGUUCCGGAUGCAAAUCUCCGGUCUCCCAGAAACAAGUUGGCAGGUUAGCAGCCCAUACCCAUUUCUCCUUGGAUUCCCCGGACUUCACACCCCCGGCCAUUUCUCCCUACUUGAAACCUGCAUGCUAUCCAGCAUAUGGUCUUUUGCCGAGUCAUUGGCCCUUCACUCUUGGAAUCACGGCAAUUCUCUCUCGCAUUUUAUAGCUCUAGCCCGGGUACCUCCCAAGGCAGAUCUGGACUGGAUGUCGUCUAUUCGGAAACUGGCCGUGAACAAGGAAAAGGGUGGGUUUAACAUUUCGCACCCCCCCCAGCCAGGCUUGGCUCCCCUUUCCCAAGAACCCCCAAUUGACAAGGACAAAAGGUUUGUUGAAUUCGAAACCGCCAACGACCUCAAGACGGCCGUGGAGAAGCUAGACCAGCGGGAGUUCAAAGGCUCGCGCGUGACUUGCGUUGCCGAUGAGAAACAUAAGGACCCCGUCUCAUUUCUUUCCAGAUCCAGAGCCAUGAAGACCGUCCCCCCCCCGGGAUCCGUACCGGUCUCGCUCCCCGCGUCGGCCAUACCCCCCCCCAUGGAUGAAUAUGACCGAAGGUUCCCGGCUCCUCGAGGAUACAGCCCCCGGGACCACUAUCGUGAACGGUCGCCCAUUCCGAUUCGUCGUGAGUACUACGAACGUGAUGGAUAUGGACGUCGUACUCCCCCCCACGCCCUCGGAUGGAAGACUACCCACCCCCACGUCGUCCCUAUGAGGACCCAUAUGAUGCCCGGCCCCCGCCUCCCCCGCGCCAUUAUGAUGAUCCAUAUCUAG